AUGACGUCGCGCUGUAAACACGACUGACGCUCAGCUGCGUGGCCGAAGCAUCCUCCGACCAAGAGCCUAAGACCUCUGUGUUUAUUUCACGACGGGACUACUGGGAGGCAUUAAAACAGCUGGGGUUCACCUCGACUCUCAUAUGCAGUCUCCAAAACCAAGACGACGGUGCCGCGUCUGUCCUGCUAAGUGCCAUGGCUAGAAAAACGGACAUCCCCACCUCUUACUAUGGUGAACCUCGCAAGUUUGACCCAAACUUCAGAGGGCCUGUUCAGAACAGGAGCUGCACUGAUGUGGUUUGCUGUGUUAUCUUUGUCAUUGUCAUCCUUGGAUACAUCGCUCUGGGUACCGUGGCUUGGAUUCAUGGAGACCCCAGGAAGGUCGUCUAUCCAACAGACAGCCGCGGUCAGUUCUGUGGCCAGCAGAACACCCCCAAUGCAAACAAAGCCAUAUUAUUCUACUUCAACAUGCUGAAAUGUGCCAAUCCUACAGUUUUAAUUAACCUCCAGUGCCCUACAACCCAGCUCUGCGUCUCAAAGUGCCCUGACAGAUUUGCCACUCUCCUGGAUGCAAUGAAUACCAAAAACUGGGAAUAUUACAAGCAAUUCUGCAAGCCAGGCUUCGAGAUUGGCAGUAAGUCAGUCAGAGAAGUCAUACGAGAUGAAGAUUGCCCGUCUAUGAUUGUGCCAAGCAGACCUUUCCUUCAGCGGUGCUUCCCUGAUUUCAUUAGAAGAAAUGGAAUUUUAACUGUAGCCAAUCAGACCAUCUUCAAAGACGGUGACAAUAACAAGAGAAGUGUCGACGACCUCAAAGAUGCUGCCAAAGGUAUUGCCAGUCUGCUGAAUGCCAAAGAAGUCGGCAUGAAGAUCUUCGAAGAUUAUGCAAACUCCUGGAUCUGGAUCCUCAUAGGUCUGGUGAUAACCAUGGUGGUCAGUCUGCUCUUCAUCUUGCUGCUGCGCUACACUGCCGGUGUGCUGCUGUGGCUCGUCAUCUUCGGUGUGAUCACUGCAGUGGGAUACGGCAUUUGGCACUGUUACUGGGAAUACAGCAAUCUGAGCGGGAAGCCGGGCUCUAAUGUCACCAUCUCUGACAUUGGCUUCCACACAGACUUCAGCAUUUAUCUUCAGCAAAGCCAGACGUGGUUCAUCUUCAUGAUCUCGCUCUCUGUGACUGAGGCCAUCAUUGUCAUUAUGCUGAUAUUUCUGAGGUCGAGGCUGCGCAUCGCUAUUGCAUUACUGAAGGAGGGAAGCAAGGCAAUCAGCUACAUCAUGUCCACUCUCUUCUACCCUGUUAUCACCUUUUUUCUUCUGGCCAUCUGCAUUGCUUAUUGGGCUGUCACAGCAGUCUUUUUAGCGUCAUCGGGCAAUGCAGUCUACAAGGUCACACCUGCUGACGAUAAAUGCAUGUAUGCAAACCUCACAUGCAAUCCACAGACCUUCAGCAAGACCAAUAUUACCAAGGUGUGCCCUGGGUCGCAGUGUAUGUUCGCCUUCUACGGUGGGGAGAGUGUGUACCAUCGCUACAUCGUAGUUUUCCAUCUGUGUAACCUGUUUGUGUUCCUCUGGCUGGUCAACUUUACCAUCGCCCUGGGCCAGUGCACCCUGGCCGGGGCCUUCGCCUCCUACUACUGGGCCCUGAAGAAGCCAAAAGACAUCCCUGCAUGCCCCCUCUACUCCUCAUUUAGCAGAGCUAUACGUUUUCACACAGGUUCUCUGGCCUUUGGGUCACUGAUCCUUUCUGUGGUGCAGAUGAUCCGAAUUGUUCUCGAGUACCUGGAUCACAAACUGAAAGUUUCUCAAAAUGCCUGCGCUCGAUUCUUGCUCUGCUGCCUCAAAUGCUGCUUCUGGUGCCUGGAACAUUUUAUCAAGUUUCUAAACAGAAAUGCAUUCAUUAUGAUGGCAAUAUAUGGGAAGAACUUCUGCACCUCUUCCAAGGAUGCUUUCUUCCUCUUAAUGAGGAAUGUUGUUCGGGUGGCCGUCCUGGACAAGGUGACAGACUUUCUGCUGUUCCUGGGAAAACUGCUUAUUUCAGGAAGUGUCGGUGUUCUUGCAUUUUUCUUCUUCUCACGUAAAAUACCAGUUUUUCAGGAGGAGGUGCCAUCACUAAAUUAUAUUUGGGUCCCCCUUUUGACGGUGAUAUUUGGAUCCUACAUGAUCGCACAUGGCUUUUUUAACGUCUAUGCCAUGUGUGUGGACACAUUGUUCCUGUGCUUUUUGUGGGAUCUGGAGGUGAACGACGGCUCUCUAUCCCGGCCCUUCCGCAUGAACAAAGCGCUGAGGAAGAUCCUCCACAAGAAGAACAGAAGGAAGUAGGGACUGGACGGAGAAAGACUAAAUAUUAAUACCAAAGUGUGGUACAAACCCAUGUGGCAAUAAUCAUGUUGCCAUAUGUAAUGUAAGUGUACACAAGUUGCAGCUGUACACUAUAAUUGACAAACUGUAGCUGAGCAAUAUGAAGAAUUAGAUUGACCCACACAAAGUAAUUUAUGAACUCACUAAUUGUUAACUCCAGAGGUGUGCAGUUCUAAGAGAAAUAUGUUAAAUUGUGUACAUUUUACUGCCAUAUGCCAUAUCACAGCAGGUUCCUACUGGAACAGUUGAUUUCCUGUGUUUUUUGUUUGUUUGUUUUUUAGUAAAUCUCAGCUUUUGUUUCUCUAAAAUCUUGUAGUUGCCAAUUUCCACCACAUGGUGGUGCCAGUCAGCACCAGAUGACAGUCUGUGCUGUUGUUGAUGCUUGAAUGCACUGAGUUUCUUCCAUGAAAUGGUCAAACUUCAGCUCAUCUGUGUGUUAUCACAGUGUUAGUGUCUCACAUUGAGAAACAUAUAUGCAACUUAUUGCCCACUGUUUUCAUAUUCAAUUGCCAAGCACGUAAAGGCAUUGCAGGGCACAUUACUUCAGUCUUAUGAGUGUUUUGCUUUGGGUUUCUGAUUGAAUGCUGCAGCUACGCAGUUUACGUUCUUUGGACACUUGUAGCUAAGUUCUUAAAGGGAUAUCGAUCAGCAAGAGAUGUUGUCUAACAGGUUUGGUUUAUUAGGAGUGAAUGAAGCGUGGAAGGUGAAACUAAAUUAUAUUCUGUGUUUUAUAUUUUGUGUCAUUAUAAAACACAGAACCUCACAGGUGCAUGUGCUUUUUGUCUUUGCUUUUAAACCCUCUGAUGUGGGCUUGUGUAUCUGUAACAAUGCACUGAAUCCAGUGACAGGUCUUAAAGCCAUCACACUGUUAAAGUGACAAUCUCUGAAAAAUGGCCUCAUUAGUGUUAGAGUCCAUUCUUAGCAUUAAUAUGGCUUCCAUCACAGACCACAAUAACGGUAGACACUUUGAAUAGACGUCACUGGCAUUCUUCACUGAUUGUGCAUUUCCAAAACAAUCAAAACGUCCUCAGACACUUCCUCAAACCACACUUGCAGUUAGUUCUGUUCUUGGAUUUUUGCUCCCUGGUUAUCAUCCACAACAAAGAUUAACUUGUGAUCUCUUUGUGGACAAUUUAAAAACAACAACAACAACAAUGCUGUCAGUUUUAAUCAGAGGUUAAAGUGAGAUUUUGCAGGUGGGGGAUCCCAGACCAGCGGGGAUGGGGGUGUCCCCCUUGGGUAUCAGCACAUAGUUUUCACAGCCAACAUGUGGUUGUUAUGCUAAUUUCACUCGCACUGUUGCAGGAAACCUGAAAAUCCCACCCCGCGCACACACGCAGUGUAGAGAGCAGGAGGGGUGUGGAAAAAUAGCUGCACUUUUUUGAGCGGGUUGGCGACGGUACGCUCGGUGUUAAAUGGUUAACUGAAGGUUCAUUAUUAACUCCUGGUUUUAAUCAUCUUUAAUAUUGUUGUUUUUGUGUGAUCUGUUUGGUUGUUUCUUUUUUUUAAUGACCCUCUACCAGUGUAAGACAGCCUGUAACCAUAACCGUACAAAAGCAAACAUGAAUAGCACAACUACACAAUUACACAAGGCAACCAUGUGACCUGAUAAACAGCAGAUCCACAAGGCUCAACAUCUGAGUUUGAGCUAAAUAGUUUCUGGAUUAUUUGUGAUACAAUCAAGUGUGUAUUUUGUAACAGUUUCAGUAUUUAUUUUUUAUUUAAGAUUCUUAUUGUCAGUAGUGGUAUCUCACACAACCCUUACUCACAGUGCAACCAGUUAACCAUUUUUAUGUUUGGCAUGUUAAAGCAACAUAUAAAUGGCUCCUAUUGUGUGGCAAACAUAUGCAGUUAACACAUCACUGGGAGGUAGAAUUUGUGUUUGGUCUAAAACAAAGAGCAGAGAAGCUGCUGGAUUGGUUUUUAAUGGAUCUUUGAACUAUGGCCUGCAGCCCCUUAGUUAAUAUACACACUAAAAAUGUUUGAGUCUUGUAUUAAUAACAGAAAAUCAUAACAAAGUUUGUUAUUGGAGUAACAGUGUUACAUGUUUUUGCUGAUACGAGUCCUCUUCUUGAUCCAAGGUGUAGUUUUGGCUCAGUUUGCAGAGUUGGUUGUAAUACUAGUGAGUCACUCGUGUCAAAGAUGCAGUUGGAUAGAUGUAAUUGAUAAGCUGGUGAGCCACAGAUGAAGCUGAUUUCUGUCUUGGAGGAAAGAUUCAGUGGAUUAGCGGAUUUUUGGAGAUCGAUCAAAUAAAAAUCCAAAAACGUGUCAGUGGGUCGCAGGCACUGACGUUAACGAGAAUGGCUGCCUGUGUCUGUGUGUUAGCCCUGUGAUGGACUGGCGACCUGCCCACGGUGUACCCCACCUCACACCCCCACUUGUACUUUAUUGACAUGAACCUUUUACUGACGUGUGCCUUUUUUACCACAGUAGAUUCACGCACCACUUAGAAAGAUGCUCAGCUUUAGAUCUCUUAAGAUGUGACUCAUGUUUGUGAGUCUCUGCGCCGUGCUUGUCAAACCUGAGAACCUGCCCCGAUGGUGCUGCGGAGUGACAGCACUGCCAGACUGCCUCACACACCUCCUGCCCCUGUUUGAGCACGCUGGGACAUGUAACAUCCAAAAAAAAAAGAAAAACAACUCCUUGUGUAUCUGAAAGAAGAGAAAUGAUGCAUGUCGAGUACAGUGGGGCUUAUUACGCAUGUAGCAGGUUGUAUAUUCUUUUUUUUUUUUUUGGACCCAGAAUAACUAUCAUACUCCCAUUAGAGUUUCAUAUCUUUUUGUGUGUGUAAGUCAGGUUCAGUUUCACUCCAGGUAGUGUCACUAUGUAAGAUCUGAUAAGCGAAGUAAGAGAGGUGUUUUUAUAGGCCUUCUCCUCCCUCCUGUGUCUGGAAAUUGGAUUCUUUUGGUCAACCGCAGUCAGCAAGUAGACGCAAGUUAAACGUCUCUCUCGGUAUAAUGUGAGUCAGUUUUCUUACCACAACCUCGUAAAAAAAGUCAAACUCUGAAGAUGCAGCGCUCUAACCUGCCAUAAACAGAUGAGCAACACUUCAGUUUUACUUAAAUUCACUCAUUUCUCCACAAAGUUGACUGUGAGAAUAACUGCGUUGCAGGUGUUUUUAUGUUAUCAGCAGAACAUGUUGCCUCUGUGUGACAUACAGAUAUGGUUGUAUUUUUAAAGGUUUGUUUGUUUGUUUGUUUGUUUUAAUCAAUAAAUAAUUUUUGCUGUCAUGCACACAAUUUCUCUAUCUUAAUAUCUAAAUAGGCCCACUCAGAUGUGAAUGCAGCACAGCACCAAACAUGCAAAAUGUUUUCACUCAUUCAUCUCCCAGGUUUUGUGAAAUUAGACAUUUAUUCUCAAAAGAGACUAUACAUACAAUAAAUUAAAUUGCAACACUGCUAUUCAGACAAAUUCAUCUUCAUGUGGAGUCGACUUUUGCGGGGCUGGUGGCUUUCACUAAGAGGAGCACAAUCAAACUUUGUCACCGACAAACAGACCACAAACAAAUAUAAAUAUAUAAUGUCAUGUGUGAGGUGCACCGACGCCUUGCAAUUUGCAUGAUAAAAUUAGGACAUUUAGGCCUGUAAAUUAUAGAGAUCUGAAAUUUGCUUGACAAACAAUAUAAACGUGUUGCUGCAAGACGGGCAGUUCAAGAAGAGAAAAGGUUUGAUGGGUCACGAAAAGUUUAAAUUAUAUUUACCACACAGAUCAGAAUACUGCUGCUAAUAAUGGACGAACAUUGUAGUGUGUGUGUGUGUGAGAGAGAGAGCGAGAGCGGUUCAGGCGUUAGACACAGGCAGCGAGGUCAUGGCGUGGGCUGGCAGCAGCGGUUGAAACAAGGAUGGAGGCGAGUGUACUGUAGGCACAAACACAGAGCAGAGUGGAAACAACAAAAAUCAUUACAAGACUGACUAUCAGUUAUCUGACUACAAAAAAUUCACUAUUUCUCUGGGUGCAACAAGGCUGAAAGAUCUUUUUUUU